AGAUGGGGGAGAUGGUGGGGUGCUGCACUUCUAGUGAGAUGGGCGGUAAAAGGUGUGACAUAGGGGGCAGAGACUAUGUGUUACCUUUAUGACAUGGGGCAGAGAUGGUAGGACACCCAUGGGAAAUGGUGGGGACCAAGAGAGUGUGGCACUUAUAAAAGAUAGGAGACCACACAAGAGUGUGACGCUUGUAGGAUAUUGGGGGGGGGGGCAGUGGCACCAAGUCAGCGUGACAUUCUGAGAGAUGAUGGGAAAGUAUUUUCUAUUCUGACAGAUCGGGGAUCUACUCAGAAAAAGUCCAAGAAGUCCUCUGAGACACUGACGUUCAAGAGACCCGAGGGCAUGCACCGAGAGGUCUAUGCACUGCUCUACUCUGACAAGAAGGAUGCACCCCCACUGCUACCCAGUGACACUGGUCAAGGUUACCGCACAGUGAAAGCCAAGUUGGGCUCUAAGAAGGUGCGGCCCUGGAAGUGGAUGCCCUUCACCAACCCAGCCCGCAAGGAUGGAGCUAUGUUCUUCCACUGGCGACGGGCAGCUGAGGAGGGCAAGGAUUACCCCUUUGCCAGGUUCAAUAAGACUGUGCAGGUUCCUGUGUAUUCAGAGCAGGAGUACCAGCUCUACCUUCACGAUGACGCUUGGACUAAGGCAGAAACGGAUCACCUCUUUGACCUCAGCCGCCGCUUUGACUUACGUUUUGUAGUUAUCCAUGACCGGUAUGACCACCAGCAGUUCAAGAAGCGUUCUGUGGAGGACUUGAAGGAGCGGUACUACCACAUCUGUGCCAAGCUUGCCAACGUGCGGGCUGUGCCAGGCACAGACCUCAAGAUACCAGUAUUUGAUGCUGGGCAUGAGCGGCGGAGGAAGGAACAGCUAGAGCGCCUCUACAACCGGACCCCUGAGCAGGUGGCAGAGGAGGAGUAUCUGCUGCAGGAGCUACGCAAGAUCGAAGCCCGGAAGAAGGAGCGGGAGAAGCGCAGCCAGGACCUGCAGAAGCUGAUAACAGCAGCAGACACCACUGCAGAGCAGCGGCGCACGGAACGCAAGGCCCCCAAGAAGAAGCUACCCCAGAAAAAGGAGGCCGAGAAACCGGCUGUUCCUGAGACCGCAGGCAUCAAGUUUCCAGACUUCAAGUCCGCAGGCGUCACGCUGCGGAGCCAGCGGAUGAAACUGCCAAGCUCUGUGGGACAGAAGAAGAUCAAGGCCCUGGAGCAGAUGCUGCUGGAGCUUGGUGUGGAGCUGAGCCCGACACCCACGGAGGAGCUGGUGCACAUGUUCAACGAGCUACGGAGCGACCUGGUGCUGCUCUAUGAGCUCAAGCAGGCCUGCGCCAACUGCGAGUAUGAGCUACAGAUGCUGAGGCACCGGCAUGAGGCCCUGGCCCGGGCUGGCGUCCUAGGGGGCCCUGCCACGCCAGCAUCAGGCCCGGCCCCAGCCUCUGCUGAGCCAGCAGUACCUGAACCUGGUCUUGGCCCCGACCCCACCAAGGACACCAUCAUUGAUGUGGUGGGCGCACCCCUCACGCCCAACUCGAGGAAGCGACGGGAAUCGGCCUCCAGCUCCUCUUCUGUGAAGAAAGCCAAGAAGCCAUGAGAGGCCACACGGGGUGUGGGUGAUGCUGCUGUGUAAAUAGAGCUGCUGAGUUGGA